AUGCAGGCCCUUGUUGAUGACAUGAAUGCCAAGGUUGCGGAGAUCAAGCUGGGUGGAGGAAAGGUUGCCAGGGACAGACAUAUCGCUCGCAACAAGCUGUUGCCAAGAGAUCGUGUUGAUCGGCUCUUGGACAACGGAUCUCCUUUCCUCGAGAUCGGUCAAUUUGCAGGAUAUGAGCUGUACGACGAUAAGGUUCCUGCCGGAGGAGUCAUUGCCGGUAUUGGUCGUGUAAACGGCGUCGAGUGCAUGAUUGUCGCCAACGAUCCUACAGUCAAGGGAGGCACGUACUACCCCAUCUCUGUCAAGAAGCACUUGCGAGCUCAGGAGAUCGCCAGGGAGAACCGUCUGCCCUGCAUUUACUUGGUCGAGUCUGGUGGAGCGAACUUGCCCCGCCAGCUGGAAGUUUUCCCCGAUAAGGAGCAUUUUGGACGUAUUUUCUACAACCAAGCCAACAUGUCGGCUAUGGGUAUUCCUCAGGUUGCUGUUGUCUUGGGAUCCUGCACGGCAGGCGGUGCCUAUGUGCCCGCUAUGGCUGAUGAGAGUAUCAUUGUCCAGAAGCAGGGAACUAUUUUCUUGGCUGGUCCUCCUCUGGUCAAGGCCGCCACUGGUGAGGUCGUCUCGGCUGAGGAUUUGGGAGGAGCGGACAUGCACUGCAAGGUCUCUGGUGUGACAGAUCACUUGGCUGUUGACGAUGAGCACGCCCUGGUGCUUGCCCGUCGUGUCAUCGGCAACCUCAACUACCAGAAGAAGCCCCAGCUUUUGAUGAAGAAGGUCGAGGAGCCAUUGUACUCUGCUUCCGAGUUGGGCGGUAUUGUCGGUGACAACCUCAAGAAGUCCUUUGAUGUCAAGGACGUGAUCGCACGUAUUGUCGAUGGCUCCAAGUUCAGCGAGUUCAAGGAGCACUACGGAACGACCGUUGUCACUGGAUUCGCACACAUUCACGGUUACCCUGUCGGUAUCGUUGCCAACAACGGUAUCCUGUUCUCAGAGGCGGCUCUCAAGUCGGCCCAUUUCGUCCAGCUUUGCACACAGCGCAAGAUCCCUCUCGUCUUCUUGCAGAACAUCACCGGUUUCAUGGUCGGAUCGUCGGCUGAGCAGGGUGGUAUCGCCAAGAACGGAGCUAAGAUGGUCACUGCGGUCUCCUGCGCACAGGUGCCCAAGUUCACGGUGAUCAUUGGAGGAUCUUUUGGUGCUGGUAACUAUGGUAUGUGCGGCAGAGCAUACUCGCCCCGCUUCCUGUGGAUGUGGCCCAACGCCCGUAUCUCGGUUAUGGGAGGCGAGCAGGCUGCUGGUGUGUUGGCGACGGUCAAGAGGGCUGGUAUGGAGAAGCGUGGUGAGACCUGGGAUCCUAAGGAUGAGGAGGCCUUCAAGAAGCCAAUCGUUGAGGUGUACGAGAAGGAGGGUCAUCCCUAUGUUUCGGGUGCCCGUCUGUUGGACGACGGCACGAUUGACCCUGCCGAUACCCGCGCUGUCCUGGGCAUGGGUCUCUCCGCGGCCCUGAACGCGCCUGUCACCAACACAGAUUAUGGUGUCUUCCGCAUGUAA